CGGCCACUACCGCCGCCGCCGCCGUCACCUCCAUCGCCAGUGUACGUCGAGUGCGCGGGGAGUGUGCACGCGUCCCUUGCACACUUUGUCGUGCUCUCGAAAAACAAGAUAAACCCCAAAUCGUGAUCGGCUGUGUCGUUAAUAGCGCGUCUUAUCUGCAGUCUCGUGUGAAUAGCGUAACUGUGCUACCUAAAGUGAGAGGAUGUAUUACGUGAAGAGUGGCUGCGUUGAGUUGUAAGAAUACGUGGAAUAGAUACGGAAAAUUUUACAUGCUCGCGUACGCGCAGCAUCUGAAGAGUACAAUGCUGAUAGACGAGGAACCACAGUGGACGAGGAUGUCCGAUAGCGACGAGCUCUUCCCAGAACUCGCGGUGCUCGAGGACGAAUCCGCCCUACCGGCCGACGACUUCCUCGAGGCACUCAGCUCGGAUCUGGAAAUCCCGUUGCUUCUCAACGGCGAAGGCUCGCCAAGUUGCGACGAGAGUCCCGACGAGAUCAUGAGGACUGCCUUGGAGUCGCAACUCCUCGAGGACAUCAAUUUUGGCUUCAUGGAUACUGAUGACCCGAGAAUGGACUUUACGGAUUUUUUCACGAUUGAUGAGAGAAGUAGCACGAUAAAACUAGAACCCAAGAGUCCCUUCGUGCAGCUACCACUUUCACCUAGUCCUAGUCAGUCUGACUCAUCUAGUGGAUCUGAAUGGCCAAGCGAGACCUCUAGUAUUACUAACAGUGAGAAUAAGUUUACAUUAGAGACACCACCUAUAUCUCCACCCAGAAAUGAUUCUCCUCCGACAUCACCCCAACCAGCUCAAAAAGUUCCGUCCAUAAUACCAAAAGUUAAGUUGCUGCCUCUUGGUCAGCUUAAUAUAAAGGACAGUACAAUGCAAAAGUUUCUUUUGUCAGAUAAUCCUGCAAAGCGUAUUUGCAUUCAACCAAAGCUAGACAAUUCAAAUUCAAAAGAAACACCCAGGAAAACAAUUGUGCUGAGUCCUCAAGAUUUUGCUGCACUCACUCAAAGGGUUAAACAAAGCACGACUCAGCCAUUGAAGGUUCAAACACUGCCGAUGAGUAAGCAUGUAAAAAUUCAAAAUCAAUUGAAUUUAUUGCCUGUCAAGCAAACACAAACUGGUACAAAUACAUCAAUUAUACAAAACAGUCAAGUGAAGAUCAUCAAUGCGAUACCUAAAGUCCAGGCACAGAUACCAAAAGCUUCAGUAAUCACUGUACCUGCUGUAAAUGAGUCACCAACAGUUGUACCCUCUGUAGUUAUACAGAAAAAUAACCAAUCUGGUACACCGGUAGUUAUAAAGAACAGAGUGCCCGUAGGUCCUUCUAUUGUAAUUCAAAAGGACAAUCCCGAUUGUACUCCUAUUAUUGUAAAGAACGAGUUUCCCGAGUUGAUUAAUAUACCUAAUAGACAGGAAAGUGAAUUAAAAGCACUUAAAAGGCAGCAGAGAAUGAUUAAAAAUCGUGAGUCCGCUUGUCUUUCUCGAAAAAAGAAGAAGGAAUACGUUACUUCACUGGAGAUACAAAUUGCUGAUCUACAAAAGGAAAAUAAAAAAUUGCAGGCAGAAAAUUCUGAACUCAAAAAAAGACUUUCGACAAUUGAAGAAACAGGUGGAAAGAAAUUGUCAGGCCAACAUUUUGGCGUUAAUAAGAAGAAUACUGCAAUAUUAUUAGCUAUGGUAUUUAUGGUAUCCCUUAACGUCGGUAGUUUAGGAUUUAAUCAAAGCCGAGAACCCCUAGGCGAUCUACAACCCAAUGUACCUUCUCUGACUCUACCAAACGUAAGGCAUGGAAGAACGUUACUUUGGUCAACCUCUGAUGAAUCUCAAGAAGAUACAGACAGGUUCAAUGAUACGUUGCCGCAAUAUCACCCGAUGUGUCCAAUGCACAUUAACAGAACUGAAUCGAUUAGAUUGGAUUACGAGCUGAGACGCUGGAUCGGUGGUGACCCGAAUCGCGAAAACUGGACGAAAGCUUCGAAGACCAAUCUCAAAAUGAAAUCGCUCAAUGAGCUACUGCAUCUAAAGGAAGAAUCAAAAGAAAAUCUAAGAUCAGCGUCUAGGCGAACGUAUAAACGAGUUCCCAUUAAGAGCAAUCAGAUCAAGGACAUGCCAUCAAAUAUCAACGCAGUGCAAGUUUUCUCACCGUUACUCAAGGAACACGCCAAGUUGUUCGAUGCUCUGGGAAGGAAAGAUGAUACCUUUUAUGUGGUUUGGUUCACCGGGGAUCAUUUGUUGUUGCUGGCUUCAAGGAAAAACAGUACUGCUCGACCGAAAAUGUCGCUGGUUUUGCCGGCUGUACCCGUUAACGGAUCAUACUACUCGACACCACCGAACCAUGUAACAAUGAUGCAAAUCGAUUGCGAAGUCACCAACACUCAACUACUUCAUCUUCAAGAAGCAAUUAUACCAAAGCAUCUGCGUAAUAAGGAUAAUUUCGAAGCGAAUGAAGCAGCAAAGAUUGAAGUUUUGCUAAACAGCACCAAGAGCUACAAGCCUUACUUUCUCAAGGAGAACAAUAACCCGAAUUCAUUAGAGAAUAAGAGACCAUACAUGGCUGAAAAUCCAAAUCUCUAUGACUCUAUUAAAUCUCAUUCGUUUUCGGAGAAACAACUUAACAAAAUUAAAGAGUUUGCGAAUGCGACAGAAGAUUUGAAAAAAGCCAAUAAUCUUCACGAGAAGCAACUGUAUCGGCAGAGAUUAAGACGUUCUGCUCACAAUUAGAUUUAAAGUCACGUUUAUGGAAAAAAUAACUAGGGGCUGUGGAAGAAUAUAGUAUAGACGUUCGUUCGAUCACGAAUGAUACAUGAUACGCACGUACUAAAAAAGAACCAGCAUAAUAGUUAUUGUCACUAUAAGGAAACAAAAAGUCUGCAUUUUUGUAAAUUAAUCUUACGUGAAAAUGAGUGAUAUUUGUCGUUUUCACAUUCGCUUGUAUGUCAGGUUUGUAUACAACAAGUUUGAUACAUAAAAGGUACAAUAUACUUCAGAGAAUAUAAGAGAUAAAAAAGUAAGAAGUGUAUAAAGAAAGUAUCUCUUACGAAGGUAGAAUCUUUUGUAUUUACAAUGCGAUAAUACGUUGCAAAAAAUAAAUGUUGUAUUAGUUGCGUUAAAAAAAAUGUAAUAGAACGCGUCGGUUAACUCACGUUAAAAAAAUUGACUGUUCUUUUAUGUGCAAUUCUGAACAGACUUUUUUACAAAUUUAUUAGAUACUUUAUUUUAUCGACAUAAAUGAUAAGUUCCACUUAAUUUUGAAAAUAUAUUUUCAAAACUUGCGUCAAAAUGGUCUCCAAUAAUAUUGUAAAAUAUUGUACAAUGUUGAUUUUAUACACAUAUUAUGAGCAAUUGCAUAAUAGAUUUAUUACUAUUAUUAUUAUUAUUAUUAUUUUGCACAAGUGUGAAAUUGAAUAAAAGAUAUGCAUUUAUCGUACUAUAAUUUACGUUAUGUAAUUUGUAUAUAAUGAAAAAAUGAA